AUGGACGAUUUUCUGGCAGCAGUUGGCGCGCAGGCCAUGAGAUAUGCCAUACGGUCUGGCAUCGCCUUGACGUCCUCUUAUGCCAUCAGCCAAUGCUCUCGCCUGCUAAAGGCUGUCGACGACAAGAACCUCCAAUCCGAGCUCAGGGUGCUCCAAAGACAGCUGGAUGGUAAAAUUAAGAUUAUCUCUCCUGCCAUUGACCUUAUUGAGUUCAAAUCCGGGCGAGGAAACGUCUUUCUUGAGUCCGCACUGCCUCUCGCAAAGUCUCUUCACCAGCAAAUCAUCUCCCUAGGACAUCGUGUGGAGGGUGCCGCGGCCGUUGAGGAACAUAACCACGACCUAUCAGAAAAUCCAAAAACCAAGGAGACUGGCCAUGACGCAUUAAAAAGAGUGAUUAGAGAUAUCAAAAAUCUCCUGACUGAGAUUGACCGGGAAAUUCCUCUUCUGCAGCUGGCUAUAUCAGCAUCUGGUGAAAGCCUGUCUACUUCACUUCCCCCUGGAAUAUCUCCAUCUAGAUUAUUGCAGGCUAGUACCCUGUUGACUGUUGGAGAUACACAGCAUGCACAGGAUCCUACAAGAAUUGUACAAAUCGGGCCUUCAUUCACGCUGUCCGUAUACAUGCUAUUCUUGGGACACGCAUCUGUAUCCUCAAAAAGCACAGACCAUAUUCCAGUCUAUGGCUUAGGCGAGCACGAUAGACGGCCUGUAUGGCAGGAGGCGAUACACAAGGCUCGAGUGCGGCUAUGCAGGUCAGCUUGCAAGGCAGCCAUAGAUGAGCAAGGCUUCAAUGACGACAACCAGGACGUACCUUACCUUGAAGUCGGCCAAAGUUAUGCCUAUCACCUCGAAAUUAUUGAAGAUUUGGACGAUGGGCGGGCUCAUGAAGGGGCUGCCCAGGCAGAAGCAUAUAACGGCGUCUCAAAAGCCGGCAUUCGUGAACAUAUUCCGAUUUACCAACUUGCCAAGAUAUUCUACACGGACACUGGCAGAAUGCUCAAUAUUGGCGAUGGAACUGAUGGAGAGAAUAACCCAGUUCUGCUCCUCAAGCGAGACAUUAAGGCAUCUCAGCUAGAAAGACCAGAACAUGAGAGAUAUGGAGAUGCAAACAAUGCUACGCAUGACGAUAGUGCUAGCCAACCAGAAACAAACGAAGAUGAUCAAGUCGACGUGGAUCGACAGCUAUUCGGAGAGACGCGAGAGAAGCGGCUCUCUUUAAGAAGCUCUGAGAAUGCUGAGGAGAGCUACAUCACCGCCUUCCCUAAGCACCUGGAUCCCGAGUGGAUAGCUUUUGAGGUGUACGAAGAGGACGACGAGCAGAGUGAGACGAGUUCCAUUUCGGGCCUUGACGCGGACUCAUCAAACGAAGUCGACGGACGCGGCAACUCACCAGAGAAAUCGCCAUCACGCCCUCGCGCAGCCUUGGACUCGAGUUUGGUCUCCCAGAUCAAGAAUCUGUCUGUUCAGCCCACAUCACGCAAUACUCUCACUUUAAGCUAUUCUGAUCCUAGCCUUGGCCGUCCAUCGCAAGACCUGACGGUAAACUCGGCGAGGGAAGCGCAGGAUUUUGUAUCGCGGUCACCGUUUGGAACCAUCACAACAUCGCUCUCAUUAAUUGAGAUGCUCAUUCGGCUUGCUGGCCUUCAGGAGUUUCAACAGGCUUCCCAUUUGUCGAUUCCAGACCACAUCCUGACGUUUUUCUUAGAAGAGACGUCGACGACAGGGUUGACGGGCGAGGCUAUGUGGAGGGCUAGGAGUCAAACUAAACAGCGAGUAGGGUUCGAUCCGUAUACCGACGCAGCAUAGUGAAGGACCGUCUUCGUGGCAUUAGGUGGAAUGUAGAGGUAGAACAAUAUUUAAACGAGCACCUC